ACACUUGAAACCACUCAACAAUCUUCCCUCCGAAGUUUCCCAACCUUUUCUAGCUUCCUUCUUUGACCAAACCACAAACCCUCACACACAUUUGAAUCUCUCUCUCUCUCUCUCUCUCUCUCUCUCAGUUUCGAUUCUUCGUUCCACAACUCCCUCGAGGUUCCAAUCGUAGCAUGUAGUUGUGGGUUUUCGAUUUCCAUACUUCUUGAUUCGGAAAGUGGGUUUCUUUUUUUGUUUCGGGGUGUGGAAUUUGAUUUCUCUGAUUAGGGUUUUUUCCUAUUCUGCCCAAUUCGAAUACCUGAAGGCUCGAAUCGUUGCAUACGGUUGGGGGUUUUUGGUUUUGAUUAGAAAAGUUUCGGAUUUUAGUGUUGAUCGAUAAUGGGUGUGGAUUCGGAAGCGCUUUCUGCUGACUGUUUCAGCCAGGUGAUGUCGUCGAUGCCCGGUUUUCGCUUUCAUCCCACGGAUGAGGAGUUGAUCAUGUACUAUCUCAAGCGGAAGAUUUGCGGGAAGAAGCUCAAGUUCCAUGCGAUUCGUGAAAUUGAUGUUUACAAGUGGGAUCCUGAGGAUUUGCCUGGGCAAUCCUUACUAAAAACUGGAGAUAAGCAAUGGUUCUUUUUCUGUCAUAGAGAUAGGAAGUAUCCUAAUGGUGCAAGGUCUAACCGAGCAACAACACACGGAUACUGGAAAGCAACAGGAAAGGAUCGUAAUGUGAUGUGCAAUUCUCGGUCAGUUGGAGUAAAAAAGACACUGGUUUUCUAUUUAGGCAGAGCUCCUAGUGGUGAGAGGACUGAUUGGGUUAUGCAUGAAUACACCUUAGAUGAAGAGGAGCUCAAGAGAUGCCAGGGUGUAAAGGACUAUUAUGCACUCUACAAGGUUUUCAAGAAAAGUGGAGCUGGUCCUAAAAAUGGUGAACAAUAUGGUGCACCAUUUAAAGAAGAAGAGUGGGCAGAUGAUGAACCUGUAGAUUUUAAUGUUGUUGCAGCUGUCCAGGUUGCUCCAAAUAAUGUCACUGACACUGUUAGUGAUCUGAUGCAGCCUUUGUGUGAUGAUGAAAUUGAUGAGAUCAUUAGAGGAAUUUUGGAUGAUGAGCUGGUCCCUGAUCAGAAACAUGUGAAUGGUCUUAACUUUACUCAGGUUGUUGCUGAAGAAACACAAAGUACAGUUGCGUUUCAAUUCUCUGAGGCUGUGAUGUUCCCUGAGCCAAGUGAAAACCUUCACUCUAGUAGUCAGCAUUAUGAUGUACAGCCCAGCUUUGACUUCAAUCAGUCAGUUACUUCCCACUUGCAUGUUUCUGAAGCACCUGAGAUCACUUCUGCUCCCAACAUUCAAAGAGAGGAUGAACUUCUCUUUCAGGAGAAUGACUUCUUGGAAAUCAAUGAUCUAGCUGAUACUGAACCUACAUUGGCAAAUAUGGAAAAUCAUGUUGAGAACCUGCAGUUUGAAGAUGGGUUAAGUGAACUUGAUCUCUUUCAAGAUGCAGAGAUGUUUCUUCGUGACUUGGGGCCAAUUACUCAUGAUACUGUUUCACAUUCAUAUAUGAAUACUGUUGACAGCAAUAUCGAUAGUCAAAAUUACCAGUUGUUGACCAAUCAAGCUGUUGAUGAACUCUGGAUGCAUGAUGUGAGAAACAUCCUGAGCUCAGAAGAAGGCUAUGAUGCUGGUUCAAACUCUCUACCAACCCCAGGUGUCGUAUGUGAAUCUGUCAACUAUCCUCCUGAAGGCAAUGAAAAUCAAAGCAGCAGCACUGUGGAGGAUAUUCCUAUGACUCCAAGUAGAUUCUCCUCUGCUCUUUGGGCUUUUGUGGAGUCAAUACCUACUACACCUGCAUCAGCUGCUGAAAACGCUCUGGUAAACCGCGCUUUGAAUCGAAUGUCUAGCUUCAGCAGGGUGAGGAUCAAGAACACCAGCAUUGCUGCAGGUAAAGACACUGCUACUAAGAAGAGAGCGGGCAUGAGGGGAAUUUCAUUCCUUUUCUUCCCAAUUAUUGUUGCUUUAUGUGCUUUCUUGUGGGUUUCUCUUGGAAAUUUAAGAGUAUUAGGGAGAUGCAUCUCUCCUUGAAUUCUAUGUAAGUCCAAAGUUUUGGUGCUAUAUAUAAUUAGUUUGGAAUCUCCCCAGAAUGACUGAGAAUAGUACUUCUAACAUAUUCUGAAAAUAAAAUUAUUUUGAUUCCUUGUGAA